UAUCUUAGCAUAAUACCCUGUAUAUCCAUCCAUGUUGUCCCAGAACAUCUAUCCCAAUCCCAUUGCCAGAGGCGGGCAGACCAGAUGAGGUGGCCUAUUUCCCUCAUGUGUUUGGAGAAUGCUUGGCAAGGGCUAAGAGACCUGAACCUGUGUAGGAGAGAACGGAGAAAUCUGCAUUGACUGUCAUGCUCGAGAGAGAGAGAGAGAGAGAGAGAGAGAGAACGCAGUUUAUUUUAUACCUUCUAAAACCCAGAAACAGUGAGCAGCUUUCACAUUUCAAACACACAAUCCAAUUCACCUUUGGUGAAGUGUCUGAUGAGGCUGCACUGGGGCGGCUGACUGAUAAGCAACGCUGUCCAUCAGGGAGCAGUGGGACAUUCACGUCUUAGGUCACAAGACAGAAACCGAGAGCGAUUCCACUGAAUCAGAUGAAGACUUUACUCUGGGCGUCUGGACCCCAAAAAAAUCCCUACAUUACGACCACUCCAGAGAGUAACGGAGCGAGUGACGAUGGGGCUGCUGGACGCUCAGCCAGGUGUAUUCUCCACUCGACCCGCCUGCGCCCCCGCACCCGGAGCGGCCAGUCACCCUCACGCCUCUGGAAGAACACACGCUCCUCCCAGCCAUGAGCCUCACAUGCGCCUUAUAAACACGGGAACCCUGACUGCUCAACCUGUACACGUCGAGAUCCCAUCACUGCCCCAGUCAAGCACGGAUCCGAAACCUAACGUCACCGAGCCGACGUUUGCAGAAACAACUGGAGCACACGAUCCAGACCGAGGCUUUUCCGAGGAACGCCUUUCCCAGGGCCCAUAUUAAGCUGGAAAACCCGGAGGAAGCGAGUGGACUGCACCUGGCGUCACAGAUUUUUUUUUUUUUUUUUUUUUUUUUUAGCCACAACAGAUGCACUCACCCUUUAAAAAAAACCGCUGUCUGGGGAGAAGACUGGUGGGGCCAGAAGUCGUUGGGGCCCGAAACUCGAAAAGCGAACGCGCAGUUCCCGGCAUUCCUGGUGGGCGGUACUUCCCUUUGACCCCGCGCUGACGCGCUGCACUUCCGGCCUCUGUUACUAAGGCAGGGAAGAUGGAGGCAGCGUCGGUGUCGGUCCCGGUCGAGUGGAUAAAGAGCUGGGAGAAAUCAGGGAGGGGCGACUUUUUGGACUUAUGCUGGCUUCUCAGCGAAAACAGAAGCCACGGCAGUUCGACUUACAGAGAUUUCCAGCGAGCUCUCUAUGAGUUAUCACACCAUGUCAUUAAAGGAAAUCUGAAGCCCGAACAAGCAUCGAGUGUUUUAAAUGACAUCAGCGAAUUUCGGGAGGAUAUGCCCUCCAUUCUGGCUGAUGUCUUUUGCAUGUUAGAUAUUGAGACAACCUGUUUAGAAGAGAAGAGCAAGAGAGACUGUUUUACGCAGUUGGUGUUAGCGUGUUUGUAUUUCGUUUCAGACACGAUUCUAAAGGAACGCCUGGAUCCAGAAACAUUGGAAUCAUUAGGACUUAUCAAACAAUCACAGCAAUUCAAUCAAAGGUCAGUGAAAAUCAAGACAAAACUCUUUUAUACGCGGCAAAAGUUCAACUUGUUAAGAGAAGAGAAUGAAGGCUAUGCUAAGCUCAUUGUUGAAUUGGGGCAAGAUUUAUCGGGAAAUAUGACUGGUGAUUUAAUCUUAGAAAAUAUCAAAUCCUUAAUAGGAUGCUUUCAUCUAGAUCCCAAUAGAGUUUUGGGUGUCCUUUUAGAAGUGUUUGAAUGCAGACCAGAAUGUGAUGACUUCUUUAUAUCUUUAUUAGAACCUUGUGUGAAUAUGUGUGAGCCGCAAACACUUUGUCAUAUACUUGUGUUCAAAUUCAAGUUUUACCAGGAGCCGAAUGGAGAGACUCCUUCAUCUUUAUACAGAGUUGCAGCAGUGCUCCUACAAGUUAAUCUUAUUGAUUUAAAUGAUCUUUAUGUACAUCUUCUUCCAGCUGAUAAUUGCAUUAUGGAUGAAUAUAAACGAGAAAUGGUGGAAGCUAAGGAAAUUGUCAGAAAACUUACGAUAGUUGUAUUGUCUUCUGAAAAAAUUGAUAAGCAAGAGAAGGAAAAGGAAAAAGAGGAGGAGAAAGUAGAAAAGCCACCUGACAACCAAAAACUUGGUUUGUUAGAAGCCUUGUUAAAGAUUGGCGAUUGGCAGCAUGCACAAACAUUAUGGGAUCAGAUGCCUCCAUACUAUGCUGCUUCACAUAAGCUAAUAGCUCUUGCUAUUUGCAGGCUUAUUCACAUAACUAUUGAGCCUCUCUACCGAAGAGUUGGCAUUCCUAAAGGUGCUGAAGGCUCACCUGUUCGUGCUUUGCAAAAUAAGAGAGCUCUAAAACAAGCAGGGAGCUUUGAGGAUUUGAGGACAGAUGCCUACAAUAUGUUCUGUUACCUCGGUCCCCACCUUUCUUGGGAUCCCAUUUUAUUUGCAAAAGUGGUGCGCAUAGGCCAGUCCUUUAUGAAGGAGCUUCAGUCUGAUGGAAGGAAACAAGAGGCUCAAGAGAAGCCCUACUUCCAUAUCUUUCUCUAUCGUCUGUAUGGCCAGUGGAAGAAUGAAACUUAUAACAGUCACCCACUUUUAGUAAAAGUUAAAGCUCAAACAAUAGACAAAGUUAAAUAUAUCAUGAAACGUCUAACCAAGGAAAAUGUAAAGCCUUCUGGAAGACAAAUUGGGAAAUUGAGCCACAGCAAUCCAACUAUUUUGUUUGAUUAUAUCUUGUCACAAAUACAGAAGUAUGAUAACUUAAUAACACCUGUAGUAGAUUCACUGAAAUACCUCACUUCAUUGAAUUAUGAUAUCUUGGCCUAUUGUAUCAUUGAAGCUUUAGCAAAUCCAGAAAAGGAAAGAAUGAAACACGAUGAUACAACUAUUUCAAGCUGGCUUCAGAGUCUUGCUAGUUUCUGUGGUGCAGUUUUUCGUAAAUACCCAAUUGAUCUUGCUGGUCUUCUGCAAUAUGUGGCUAAUCAGCUAAAGGCAGGAAGAAGUUUUGACCUGCUUAUAUUGAAAGAAGUGGUACAAAAAAUGGCAGGAAUAGAAAUUACCGAGGAAAUGACAAUGGAGCAACUAGAGGCCAUGACUGGUGGAGAGCAACUAAAAGCUGAGGGAGGUUAUUUUGGCCAGAUCAGAAACACUAAAAAAUCCUCCCAGAGAUUAAAGGAUGCACUAUUGGACUAUGAUCUUGCUCUUCCCCUUUGUUUGAUUAUAGCUCAGCAGAGGAAUGGGGUGAUCUUUCAGGAAGGUGGAGAGAAACAUUUGAAACUUGUUGGAAAGCUCUAUGAUCAGUGUCAUGAUACCCUGGUACAGUUUGGUGGAUUUUUAGCAUCUAAUCUAAGCACAGAAGAUUAUAUAAAGAGAGUACCUUCAAUUGAUGUGCUCUGUAACGAAUUUCAUAUACCCCAUGAUGCAGCAUUUUUCUUGUCUAGGCCAAUGUAUGCACACCAUAUUUCAUCCAAAUAUGAUGAACUUAAAAAAUCGGACAAGGGAAGUCAACAGCAACAUAAAGUCCACAAGUACAUAACAUCAUGUGAAAUGGUGAUGGCCCCUGUCCAUGAAGCAGUAGUCUCAUUGCACGUUUCCAAAGUCUGGGAUGACAUCAGCCCUCGAUUCUAUGCCACAUUCUGGUCAUUGACAAUGUAUGACCUUGCAGUUCCACACACCAGCUAUGAACGCGAAGUCAGUAAACUUAAAGUCCAGAUGAAAGCAGUUGAUGACAAUCAAGAAAUGCCUCCAAAUAAAAAGAAAAAAGAAAAGGAGCGUUGUAGUGCUCUUCAGGACAAGCUUCUUGGAGAAGAAAAGAAACAGAUGGAACAUGUACAGCGAGUUCUACAGAGACUGAAACUGGAAAAGGACAACUGGCUUUUAGCAAAAUCUACCAAAAAUGAGACCAUUACAAAAUUUUUACAGCUGUGUAUAUUUCCUCGAUGUAUUUUUUCAGCAAUUGAUGCUGUUUACUGUGCUCGUUUUGUUGAAUUGGUACAUCAACAGAAAACUCCAAAUUUUUCCACACUUCUUUGCUAUGAUCGAGUUUUCUCUGACAUAAUUUUCACAGUUGCAAGCUGUACUGAAAAUGAAGCUAGUCGAUAUGGGAGGUUUCUUUGCUGCAUGUUAGAGACUGUGACCAGGUGGCACAGUGAUAGAGCCACAUAUGAAAAGGAAUGUGGAAAUUAUCCAGGAUUCCUUACUAUAUUACGGGCAACUGGAUUUGAUGGUGGAAAUAAAGCUGAUCAACUAGACUAUGAAAAUUUUCGACAUGUUGUACAUAAAUGGCAUUACAAACUAACUAAGGCAUCAGUACAUUGCCUUGAAACAGGUGAAUAUAUUCACAUUAGGAAUAUCUUGAUUGUGCUAACAAAAAUACUUCCUUGUUACCCAAAAGUUUUAAAUCUGGGUCAGGCUUUGGAAAGAAGAGUGCAUAAAAUCUGCCAAGAAGAAAAAGAGAAAAGGCCUGAUCUAUAUGCAUUAGCUAUGGGCUACUCUGGGCAGUUGAAAUGUAGGAAGUCAUACAUGAUACCUGAAAAUGAAUUUCAUCACAAAGACCCCACUCCGAAGAAUGCAGUUGCCAAUGUACAAAAUGGGCCUGGUGGUGGGUCUUCAUCUUCAAUAGGAAGUGCAUCUAAAUCUCAUGAAAGCAGUGCUGAGGAGAAUGAUAAAUCAAGGGAGAGAUCUCAGUGUGGUGUGAAAGCUGUAAAUAAAGCUUCUAGUGCCACACUGAAAGGCAAUUCAAACAAUGGCAAUAGUGGCUUUAAUAGCAGCAAAAUCAUUAAAGAAAAUGACAAAGAGAAAGGGAAAGAAAAGGAGAAAAGAGAAAAGACUCCAGCUACUACUCCAGAGGCCAGGGUACUUAGUAAAGAUGGUAAAGAAAAACCAAAGGAAGAACGGCCAAAUAAAGAUGAAAAAGCAAGAGAGACAAAGGAAAGAACACCUAAGACCAACAAAGAGAAAGAAAAAUUCAAGAAGGAAGAAAAAGCUAAAGAUGAGAAAUUCAAGACCACUGUCCCCAACAUAGAAUCAAAAUUGACUCAAGAAAAGGAAAUAGAGAAGGAGUCAUUCAGAGAAAGAGAUAUAGCAAAGGAAAUAAAAUCAAAAGAAAAUGUUAAAGGAGGAGAAAAAAGACCAGUUUCUGGGCCCUUGAAGUCACCUGUUCCCCGAUCAGAUAUUACUGAGCCUGAAAGGGAACAAAAACGCCGUAAAAUUGAUAUACACCCUUCUCCAUCACAUACCUCAACAAUAAAGGACAGUCUCAUCGAACUCAAGGAGUCUUCAGCAAAGCUCUACCUUAAUCAUACUCCUUCACCACUAAUCAAAAGUAAGGAGAGAGAAACAGACAAGAAAGAUUUGGACAAGUCAAGGGAAAGAUCCAGAGAAAGAGAGAAAAAAGAUGAAAAGGAUAGAAAAGAGCGGAAACGGCAUCACUCAAACAAUGACCGGGAAGUGCUACCAGACUUAACCAAGAGGCGAAAAGAAGAAAAUGGAACAAUGGCGGUUUCAAAACACAAAAGUGAAAAUCCAUGUGAUUCUCCUUAUCCAAAUGAGAAAGACAAGGAAAAAAAUAAGUCAAAAUCUUCAGGCAAAGAAAAAGGCAGCGAUUCAUUUAAAUCUGAAAAGAUGGAUAAAAUCUCCAGUGGCAAAAAGGGUAUAUACAGACCCCUAAGUUGA